CAACAGAACGCGCGAAAUUUAGAACAGACUGUAAACAAUUUAUGAUUAGCUUUGCUUCUGAACAACAAGCAGCAUCCAUGUCGUAAAUAUUUCAUAAAAACCAUGCUUUUAUGCGAAAACUAAUAUUUGUCAUUGGACACCUCAAGGACAGUUCCACCUUUUGGAGUCUAUUUUCAGCGUGAAUGAAAGAAAACUUCGCUUUAGUGAUCAGGGCAGCAGCAGAUGAUGAGUGUUAAAAUGACUCUCUUCUUGCCUGACUAACGUUAACAGCUAAAUUAACGUUGCCGUGAACAAAAUCGAUUACUGAAUGUAACUCGACAACAUUCACCUUGAAUUCGGGGAGAAAACCACCAUGUCGCAAACUACCCUUCUCGAGGAGGUUGAGCAGUGGAGCCCUGACACCUGCAAAAAGGAGCUGAAGACAGUGCUGCCCAAGCUCGUCUCAAUUCAUUGUCUCACUGAUAGUUGGACAGAUCACAUACGUGUGCUGAGGAUAAUCAUGGACAUGUUUCUUCCACAUUUACGUCUGUCUGAACUGGAGGAGGAGUGCUUUUCUAAAGUUCUACCAAAGGUGGUGGGAGUAUUUGGUAAUUUGAUGGAUGAAAUCUCCAGUCAAGUCAGUGGGCUGUCCAAUCAAAACACAGAGCUGACCGCCUCACUGAGGACUAUUCUUCAGGUGAUGGUACAGACACUUGAGGCAGUGACUAUGUGUGUGAGGCAUAUGUGUGCCCUGGAAGGUGUCUCCCGUCUGUCCGAAGUGCGCUCUGUCCCCUCCUGUGUCCUCUACCUCCUCAGAAACACUUUCCAGCACUGCAAGGAUAGCGAGGUGGUGUACAGUGGACGCCUGUCUUUGGUUGGGGAUUUGCUGCAGACACUUUUCAAGGAGGCCUACAGUCUGCAGAAAGGCCUAAUAGAGCUACUGGACCACAUCAGCCUGCAUGAAGCAGCCUCAGAUGAAGACGUCGCCGAUAUUGUUACAGUGAUCCACAGUCUUCUGGAGAUUUGCUCCAUCAUUUCCAGCCUGGACAUGGCCUUGCAUGCCAACACCUGGAAAUUCAUUAUCAAGCAAAGUGUGAAAUACCAGUCUCUGGUGGAGGAGCACUUGCGUCAUGCUGACAUCACGUCCUGUUUGUGUGAGGACCUCCAAGGCUCUCUAAACGGCUGCUUGGAACUAGCAGAACAAAUCAAACAGGAAGGAUUAAAGGCACAGAGCCCAGAAGUCAAGCUGUUUCAGAGAAGUAUGAAGAUGUGCCGCUUCUUUGCCAACACUCUGGUCCACUAUGUGAAGGAAUUCAAAGACUUUAUGGCCGCAUCCUGCCCACGGCUUCACCUGCUCUUCCUCCAGAUCCACAGUAAGUUCCCACCCUGUCUUGGAGCUCCCUCGCUCCCUCCUGCACUGAGUGACGAGUUGAGUGGGGCAGUGCUCGUUGCCAUGGAUGCGCUCCUGUCCCAGCUCCUCGCCUUCCGACCGUUUGCUGAGAGCCUAUUGGCUGAGAACCAGACCUGCAGUGGGGACAGCGCUCUGGCCCACUGCCUGCUGCUGGUCAGUGUGGUGGCACAGCUGUCCUCCCAACCAGAUGGAACUCUGCAGCUGUGGUGCGAUGGCAGUCGCUUCCCGGAGGACACACUCAGGCUGAGUGUGUUUGAUGCGGUGUUCCGAAGCUUCGGUCGGUGCAUGCUGGAGCGGGCGUGGCCUGUGCGGUUGCCGGGGGUGAUGCUGCGUGGCCAGGCCCAGGGCGACGUGAGCCUGCAUCAGCACGUGUGCGUGCAGCUCUGCGCCUGUGUAGCUGUGCUACCAGCCCCACAGCUCCACCCGCUGGAGCGCUCCCUGUUGCGGGCUCUGCUGCAGCCUGACGCACAGACAGCGUUGCUGGCCGCAGAUGUCUGGUGUUUCUUGGCACGAUAUGGAACGGCAGAGUUGUGCCUGCAACACGUGCUUCUUGUGGCCGACCUGACAAAGUCAUGUCCAGAUGAGGCGCCCCAGUGGAACCAUUUGUCCCUGCUGCUGAGACGUAUGCUGUUCCUUAUGACUCCUUCACACCAGAUGGAGCUGCUGGAGCGGUUCCCCGUAUCUCAGGAGGAGAACAUGCGCGUGUGGGGUCACCUGAUCCUGCGUUCGCUGGCCCCAGAUGUGCGUGCGCGCCUGGAGCAGGGGCUCACCGCCACGGCCGCCUCCGUGGUGUCCGACUGGCAGAAAGACGGCUGCAGACUGGGCAGCCUGGACAGAGUGAACCGCGUGCUGUGGGGCCUGAAGGUGGUGGUGAGGGUGGAGGUCCCCGAGGCGGAGUGUGUGUCGGCCGUCCUCACCAUCCUCACACAGCUGUGGUCCCGCAUGUGCGCCAGCCAGGUUCAGAAGCAUGGCCCUCUUCAGCAGACUCUGUGUCUGCUCCUUUCCCUCUCGGCCUGCCUGGUCAAGAGUCUGGAGCCACACACCAUCUCUCAGGCUGUUUCCUGUGUGAGCGCGCUACUUCCCCUGAAGGCCCUCGAUGAAGUCACCCUGGCUGCGCUGGAAUUCCUGGCUGCCCUAGGGAGUGUUUUCAUCCCCUCUGAUGUACAGCCUGUGGUGUUGCCUCGGCUCAGUGCAGUGUUCGGCGCCCUGCUGGCCUCGGACUCCUGGCUCCUCCACCAGCACGCCCUCGAGGCCUUUGGCGUCUUCGCAGAGGUUACUAAUCACGAGGAAGUCAUCUCCCAAGGCUUGACUUCAGAGGAGACUAAAACACGAGUGGUCAACUUCCUUAGCAAGAUGGUGGUGGGGGAGGAACAGACGGAGGCUCGUCUGGAGCGUCUCAGGGCGGAGAUCGUGGUGUUGGAAACACACACGCGGGCUCUGGAGAGCGGACAGAUGCCACACACACACGCACACCCACAGGGGAGGGGAGAGGAGCAGCUGCAGGACGAACCGUACACACAUACUGCCGAGACUGGACAGGAGUCACAAGGAGACGCUACAGUUGAGCCAUGCGCGAAGCGGCCUCGCCAGGAGGGGGUGCGCUGGGAGGAGGGAGAUGUCCACCUGCAGGCGGCCGAAGGCGCUCUGAGGGCUCUGCAGGCACUAGCCGCCGCGGCCGCCACUAGCGCUCCACACUCCUCACCGCCCCAGUGGGUGCUGACCCGCCUGCAGGAGCUCCAAACGCUCGUCACGCACAUCAGCAAGCAAGCGGAAGAGGUCACCUAACACACACACACACACACACACACGUCACCUAUCACAGACCCCAUGCACACACACACAUAAGCACGUAGCAGUAACACUGACCACAACUCACUAAUAUACAGACACAGACACGGACAUGGACACCAAACAAAGUAGUCACCUGCUACUGACCAAAAUCAUCCAUGGAUAAUGUGUGGGCCAAACAAUGCAGUCUCCCAGUGCUGCUGCCACACGCCAGACAUCAGUAUAAAAGGACCCAAAUUUGAACUGUUUUUUACACACCCACUAAAGUGGAAGCUGCCGUCACCUACAGCCAGUCACGUGUCAACACACCCACGCCAAUCUCUGGUUUUAACAGCUUUCACACGAGUUUCCACCACAACAUACAGACCUCAGUCUGGGUAAAGGCUUUAACACAUGGGAUUUUACUGAACAAAACAUACAGACCUUUGGUUAAGUUAUCAUAUAUCAUUUUGUGAUGCCAUGUCUUCACAGUUGUGGAGACAAAUUCUAUUAAAUGUGGAAAGGGAUUAACUUUUGAUUUCUGUUCAGAUGUUAAUAAAACUUUAUACCGUGAUGACCGGUUUCAUUCACAUUUCUAUCUAAUGCAAAUAUGAUACGGAAUGGGACGACUUUCUGAGCAGAGUUGUUUUACCACCAGAUGUGGUGUAGUCCCAUUUACUUCCGAUAUGAACCAAUUAAAAGGCUAAUUUUAACCAACUUUAAACUCUAAAGUACUUGGCUGUUUUAACAAGACCGUAGUGUCUCUGCGUAGAAAGUGUUAUAUUGGUCUGAGAGUGAGAAAUGGGCUAACUGUUCUGGCGUGUGACGUGCCUCCCGCCAGACUUUACAAGCGUCUGCAACUUGGACUGCAGAUUGGUAAGAACACACACGCAACCCAACUGGGUGAGAUACCAUAAAACUAUUUAUUUCCACAUCAUCCCACCCCAAAAUACAAAUAAAUUAUAUAAUGUCCAUCUCUGAUUUCGCACACAUACACCCUCUCACACACACACACACACACACACACACACCAUCUUCUCACCCCGUAUCCAGCAAACCUGAUACACGAAUGCUUGAUAAAACUCCUGUAAUCUCUUGCAGUGUGUGGACGCUGUAGUCCUGGCUCCUAAGGCUCUCUUUCACGGCUUGAACUCAGGGUUUCAUGGCACAACAAAAAGCAGGGCAUCCAGUUGUCUGUCCAGGUCCUCCGUCAGGUCCUCUCUCCAAGGACAUCUGUCCCGAUUCUUUGUGGAUUCAGUUCCUACAGCGAUUAUUUUUUUUGGCAGAUGUUCUUUAAAACAGUUCUAAUGGAGGUCAGAUUGGCUGACACAGAGCUACAACAACAAAAUAUCCAUUCCAUGAGCACCCCCCCCCCCCCCCCCC